AGCGGCGCCAUGGGGUGGCGGCGGUGAGCGGCGCGGGCAUGGCGGUGGCCCGCGGCUGCCCCCCGGCGGGCUCCGGGGACCGCGGCCUGGCCGAGCUGCUGCUGGAGUUCUCCCGCGCUCAGUACCGCGCUAAGGAUGGCGGGGGCGCCGCCGCCGCCAAGGUGGAGCGGAUCGAGCGUCGCUGUUUGGAGCUCUUCGGCCGCGACUACCGCUACAGCGUGAUCUCCAAUGCCCAUGGCGAGGUCUGCGCGCACUACCCGCGGCACAUCGUCCUGCUGGAGCGCGACAACGCCGCCGGCCGCGACCCGUUUGAGAGCACCGUGCAGGUGGGCAAACUGCAGGACCUCAUCAACCGAAGUAAGAUGGCGAGGUGUAGAGGACGAUUUGUCUGCCCAGUCAUUCUGUACAAGGGAAAGCAUAUUUGCAGAUCAGCGACACUGGCUGGCUGGGGAGAGCUCUACGGGCGCACUGGUUACAACUACAUCUUCUCAGGGGGUUCUGACGAUGCUUGGGCAGACGCAGAGGACAUUUCAGAGGAAGAUUCUGCACUGAGAAAUGCAGACUCCCAGCUGUUUGACAAGGUCAGAGGACAUGACAUCAAGCUGCUUCGGUAUCUCUCUGUCCGAUAUAUCUGUGAUCUGAUGGUGGAAAACAAGAAGGUGAAGUUUGGCUUGAAUGUGACGUCUUCUGAGAAGGUGGACAAAGCUCAACGUUACGCUGAUUUCACGCUUCUCUCCAUCCCAUAUCCAGGUUGUGAAUUUUUUAAGGAGUACAAAGACCGGGAUUAUACAGCUGAAGGUCUCAUAUUUAACUGGAAACAGGAUUAUGUAGAUGCUCCAUUAAGUAUCCCAGCGUCUGUGACCCAAUCUCUCAGUAUUGACUGGAGUGAGUACCAGAGCUGGGACCUCGUACAGCAGACGCAGAACUACCUGAAGCUGCUGAUCUCUAUCAUCAAUAGUGAUGAUGACAGCGGGCUCCUGGUGCACUGUAUAUCCGGCUGGGAUCGAACUCCUCUCUUCAUCUCCUUACUGCGCCUCUCCUUAUGGGCUGAUGGACUGAUCCAUGUGUCCCUGGAGCCAUCUGAGAUUCUCUACCUGACGGUGGCCUAUGACUGGUUUCUCUUUGGGCACAUGUUAGUCGAUCGACUCAAUAAGGGAGAAGAGAUUUUCUUUUUCUGCUUCAAUUUUCUGAAGCACAUCACGUCUGAGGAGUUCUCUGGUGUGAAGUCACAGAGAAGGAAGAGUUUGCCACCUGGCUUCACCUUGGAAGAGAUCUGCAUGCUCAAGCAGAGAGACCGAGGAAGCACCACGAGUCUGAGCAGCGACUUCUCCCUGGGGAUGGAAAGCUCCCCUGGAGCAGCAGGGAGCUUCACAUAUGAAGCAGUGGAGCUGAUGCCAGCGGGAGCACAGGCCCAAGCAACAUGGAGGAAGAGCAGUGCGUCAUCACCUCAGGCCGUGCUCUGGAGCAGGGCACAGCAGUCUGAAGACAGACUGCCUUCUGCAGGGAUGGUUGAAGUCAAGUCCUCCAGCUCCUCCUCAUCAACCCAUUCUGAUAACUUUCUGAGGAUUGGAAGCAGCCCACUGGAGGUGCCCAGAUCCAGAUCGGCGGACCAUUCUCUGCCCGGAUCUUCCGUUUCCACAGACUUUGGCAGCUGGCAGAUGGUGACAGGGUGUGGCAGUAUUCGGGAGCAGGCAACCCUGAGCGCAGACGCCUCUCUCCCUUGCAGCUUCCCGGAUGAGUUCCCUAACACUUGCCUGCUGGUGUCAGCGAGCGACCGCGAGUCCCGGCUGGAAGAAGUGCGUUCCGCCUUCCUGGCCAGCUACAGCCGGACCAUCGGCCUGAAGGCCGUGCCCCCCAGCCCCUCGGGGGCCAUCGGCGGCCUCCUCGAGCAGUUCGUGCGGGGCGUGGGACUGAGAGGCAGCAGCACGCUCUGAGAGCCGCCACGUUCCAGGACGGAUGGAUGGAGAACCGGGGACCCCUGGCCGAGCCGGGACCCCCGUCCUCGGGGGCACGCGGGCACAGCACCGAGCACCCGCUUGUGAUUACCCUGCUCGGGGCCGGGGAGCGGCGGGGGCUCCGAGGCGGCCCCGCAGUAAAGACCUCCGUGUGCCGA